GGGAUCUGAUGCUGGCAUACUGUCACAGGCGACACCGCCCAGAACAAAUGCAGUUUCUUCUCGCGCUGCACGGUCUCAAUGAGGGUGUAGGGCCCAAUGCGCGUAGAACGGGAACAAUCUUUGAAACUGAGAAUACCCACAACCACACGGGUAAUACUGUGGAUGAGUGUUAUAUGAACACCGAAGAAGGCGUAGAAGCUAUAGCUGCAAUGUACGUUCGACCCGAGAGCGAGCGAGAAGUGAAUCUGCCACAGAUACUUCGGGAUAGGCUAUUGAAGAGAAUCGAAGAGAAAGACAAUGAGGAUAUUACAGUAUUAUUCCAGGAAGCGUACAACGAGAUUAGUUUGAUGAUAAGUCGAAAUUUGCUGAGUGACUUCAUACACACCGAAGCUUACAAGGCCUUUGCAGCAAACAAACGGAUGAUGAACAGAUCAUGGAUUUUUUGCCAAGCAUAAUAUGGUUAAUCGAUCGCAGAAUGUCAGCUGUUUUGGCACGGAGCGGGAGUACACCGAGAGAGGUCGCACCGAGAGAGCCCAAACUGAAAGAGGGGCGGGGUGAGUAGGGUUUGUACAUACUUAUAUUUAUACAUACAUAUAAAUCGUUUGCGUGCUCUGUGUAUAGGAUUAAUAAAUACAACAAUAUGACUAC